UAUUACAGUAUCAUAGGCGCCAUGGACUCGUCAUCCUCUCUUCCUUCUUCGGCAGCACUUGCCACUUCGUCUCCGCACUGAUAGAUGGGUUUGACAUCAACCCUUUCCUUUCCCUUCCCUCUAAAGGAUCACCCACGUUCACACUUCCUCUCACCUGCCCUUCUCAGGUGCUUCCCCUCUUCUAAAUUAUGGACUUACAAUCAUCAAAGAUGCUCGUAUUAUACAAAGAAUGCGAUCUGCAAAGUAUCAUGCAGCCAAGUGAAACUGGAAGAGGGGAAAGAUGAUGAGGCUUGUGAACUAGUAAAUGGAGUUGAACUUAUGUUAGGAGAGGGUAUGGACUGUUUCCGCUCUUAUCUGUUCAAGGCAGUGAAGAAUAAUAAUGGAACUGGUAUACUUCUACUGUCUGAUAUUUUCGGAUUUGAAGAUUCAUCUACGAGGGAUUUUGCAUACCGUGUUGCCUGCAAUGGAUAUAAUGUUCUAGUACCAGAUCUGUUCCGUGGGGAUCCAUGGAAGAAAGACCAAUCCAAAGCCAAUUUUGAAAAGUGGUUAGCUGCGCAAGCCCCUGACAGGGUCGCUAAAGAUAUUAACACAUCAACAAAAUGGAUGGUCGAUGAAUUCGUAGCUGCUGGAAUCUCAAAGAAGCUUGGUAUUAUCGGUUUUUGCUUUGGAGGUGGCCGAUUAGUGGAGACUCUAGCCCAGGAUCAAGGCACCUAUUUUGGCAUUGGUGUCUGCUUCUACGGGACGAGGAUGGACAAAUCUCUAGCAGUCCAUAUUAAAGUCCCUGUAUUAUUUGUUUCUGGAGACAAUGAUCCACUUUGCCCAGUUGGUAUCUUAAAUGAUAUGGAGAAGAGCAUUGGUAGAGGCUCGAAGGUGGUUGUUUAUGAAGGGCAUGGUCAUGAGUUUGCUCACCGGCCUGAGUCUCCAGAAGAAGAUGAAGACGCGGAGGAGGCAUUUCUGGUGAUGAGAAAUUGGCUCAAUGAAGCCCUGCUUGUAAGCAGUUACUGAAUGCUUUCCAUUUUGUAUUAUUCUGUA